AUGGCUGACGCUCCCCGUGGUGGUGCUGCCCGUGGAGGCUUUGGUUCGCGCGGCGACCGUGGACGUGGCCGUGGUCGUCGUGGACGCCGUGGACCCAAGAGCGAGGAGAAGGAGUGGCAGCCCGUCACCAAGCUCGGUCGUCUCGUGAAGGCCGGAAAGAUCACCAGCAUGGAACAGAUCUAUUUGCACAGCUUGCCCAUCAAGGAAUACCAGAUUGUUGAUUUCUUCUUGCCCAAGCUGAAGGAUGAGGUUAUGAAGAUUAAACCCGUCCAGAAGCAAACCCGUGCCGGUCAGCGUACCCGUUUCAAGGCCAUUGUUGUUAUCGGAGAUUCUGAGGGCCACGUCGGUCUCGGCAUCAAAACAUCCAAGGAAGUCGCAACUGCUAUCCGCGCUGCUAUCAUCAUCGCCAAGCUCAGCGUUCUUCCUGUCCGCAGAGGUUACUGGGGCACCAACCUCGGUGAUCCACACUCGCUGCCAACCAAGGAGAGUGGAAAGUGCGGUUCCGUCACUGUUCGAUUGAUUCCUGCUCCCCGUGGUACUGGUCUCGUCGCUUCUCCCGCCGUCAAGCGUCUUUUACAAUUGGCUGGUGUCCAGGAUAUCUACACAUCAUCUUCCGGAUCCACCAAGACACUUGAAAACACCCUGAAGGCUACCUUCGUCGCUGUUGCCAACACAUACGGCUUCCUGACACCUAACCUGUGGAAGGAGACUAAGUUGGUUAGAAGUCCACUUGAAGAAUUCGGCGAUGUUCUUCGGGAGGGAAAGAGAUAUUAA